CAUCUGUAACCUAAAAAUGAUAAUAAUUAAUUAAAAAAAUAAAAAAUAACCAUAAAAUAACAAGUGAAAAUUAAUUUCUAAAUUAUAUGUAUCAAAAUGCAUGAUAAUAUAACAUGUGGUAAAAAGAUUUUUAUUUAUUAGUAUGAAUUCUAUUUAGCCAAUAUUUAUAUCGGAAGACUUUAUUGUUUUGGUUAGGCCUUUGUAUGUACCCCAUAUAUAUGUGAAAUAAGAAAAAGAUCAUUCAUGGAAAAUAUAUCAAAACUGUAUUUGUCCUUCCAAAGUGUGUCUCAUUUCCAAGUUCAAAUCAGCAGUACCAAGCCAAAUGCCUAGCUGAGUCGAUAUUAUUAUGCUAAACUGUUAUACAAUUUGACCAAAGCUUUGACUUUGAACUUUUAGUCUCCACCAUCACAUACCUAAAAGAACUAGCAAUUAGUUUAAGGUGUUAUGAGUAAACUGAUUUGUUAACCAAGUCUUUAAAUUAAUGGUAGCUAUUUUCUAAUCAUUGAAAUGGUAGUCAAUUACUUCGAUCAAGCUUUCAGGAAGUUCAUUAAUGGGUGAAUUGAUGGCAGAAUGUUACAAAUUAUGUAGGCUCAACUCUCAAGUGAAUCGAAAAGUCGAAAUAAGCCAGAAGUCAUUUACCUGUCUAAAUAUUAAUGAAGCUUCUAUGCACGCGUGUAGAGGGAAGGAGACCCACACCUUCCCACGUGUAUGCUCUACUGGGAAUAGAUACGGUUGCGCACGUGUCACCUCGGGCCCUCCAUUUCUUCUCCCCUCUUCUAUUCUAUAUCAUCACCCCUCCAUACCACUCUGUCUUCUGAAUCCGUACAGGGUGUCCUUUACCCUAAACUAUUACCUAAAUUCAAUCAUUCACCGGUCUACCCAAUACGAGUUUUUUUUUUCCAAAUCCGGCAAGUGUUCUGAUGAUGGAGACGCAAAUUCAGACCAAUUACUCAUACAUGGGAAGAAAUUUUAGCAACACAAAUGAUGAUUCCACCGCUUUUAGUGAUUGCAACAGCGACCGAUCAGGUGAAUUCCCGACGACCUCUUCCGAGAGCCGUCGUCUCCUUUUGUCAUGCGCCACCGAGAACUCAGAAGAUCUAAUCCGGCAGCUUGUGUCUGGUCUCGAAUCUGGUUCGGUUGACGAUCAGAAACAAGCAGCGAUGGAGUUACGGCUCUUAGCAAAGAACAAACCGGAGAACAGAUUGAUGAUCGCUAGAGCUGGAGCAAUCAGGCCGUUGAUUGCGCUAAUCUCAUCGUCGGAUCCGCAGCUUCAAGAGUAUGGGGUGACGGCGAUUUUGAACUUGUCUCUCUGCGAUGAAAACAAAGAGCAAUUGGCUUCUUCCGGAGCAAUCAAACCGCUGGUUAGAGCGUUGAAGAGCGGAACAUCAACGGCGAAAGAAAACGCAGCGUGUGCUUUACUUCGUUUAUCUCAAUUAGACGAAAACAAAUCUGCGAUCGGACGGUCAGGAGCGAUUCCUUUACUUGUAAACCUUCUCGAAAGUGGAAACAUCCGCGGGAAAAAAGACGCGUCGACGGCGUUGUAUUCAUUGUGUUCGGUGAAGGAGAAUAAGAUUCGAGCUGUAGAGGCGGGGAUCAUGAAGCCGUUGGUUGAACUCAUGGCCGAUUUCGGAUCAAACAUGGUGGACAAAUCGGCAUUUGUGAUGAGUAUUUUGGUAUCCACGGCAGAGGCAAGGGCGGCGCUGGUGGAGGAAGGAGGAAUCCCGGUGUUGGUGGAAAUCAUAGAGGUCGGAUCACAGAGGCAGAAGGAGAUAGCGGUGGUGAUAUUGUUACAGAUAUGUGAUCAGAGUCUGGUGUACCGGACUAUGGUGGCCCGCGAAGGAGCCAUUCCUCCCCUCAUCGCCCUGUCGCAAUCUGGUACCAAUCGGGCUAAACAAAAGGCGGAGACGUUGAUUGAGCUUCUACGGCGACCAAGAUCCGGCAACAACGCGGCCAACCAGGAUUUGACAGAUUAACAUGUUCUCCUUUCCAUCAGAAUGAAUACACACAUACUUACAAACAUGGGACAAAAAUUUGUAUAUGUUUACGGUUGCUUCCUAUGUUUUGUAAGACACAAAUAUUAAGUUUUUUUUUU